CACGCAUUGCUCUAGAGCUAAUCGCAACGUGUGUCGUGCAGAAGCCUUUAGCGGCGGCAACCGAGCUUUAACGAGCGAAGGCGAGAGCCGUUUCUUCUUCGGAAUCUGCAACAAUGUUUCGGCUCGGCAAAUCAACCGCUCACCGUCUACUUCGAGCUUCUUCGAGCCUUCAACUCACGCCCAAGGGACGGCCGCUCAACGGGGCGGAACCGCUGCGUAGCUGUACUCGAACCUACAGCCAAUGGAGGGGGCGUGACCCGAUGCACCGAGCUCAGACGACAUCGCCGGUUUCAUUUGUGCGGUCCGGAUACGUCACCAAGCGUUCGGUGUGUACGAACCCGGGACCAAGGACUCGGUGUUCGGAACCCGCGUCCAGGCAAGGUGGUGGAGCACUCGCAUUUGCGGUGCCGUUACUGAUGCUCUCGAGGAUCGGAGGGCGUCACAAGAGUUGGUGCACCAUGUCGUCUACCAUCGGCGUUCUAGCAGACGACAGCGGUUCGUUUCGUAACAGGGACGGACACAAGAUCUCGUGCCUCACCUGGAGUCCCGAAGUUGAGCCCAGGGCGCUGGUUUUCCUGGCCCACGGCUACGCCGAACACUGCCAUGGCCCCUGCUACGACAUGCUGGCGAGGAAGCUGGUUGAGCUGGGAUGCUACGUGUUUUCUCACGACCACGUUGGCCACGGCAAAAGCGAAGGCCCCCGAGCCCUGGUCAAGUCGGCCGAUAUCUACGUGGACGACAUCUUGACGCACGUCGACCUCGUCAAGCAGAAGUAUCCGAGCAGGCCAGUCUUCCUCUUCGGACACUCCAUGGGGGGCUUGCUAGUUGCCCUGGCUGCCGAAAGGAGACCCGAGGAUAUCGCGGGAGUCGUUAUGAUGGCGCCCAUGUUAGCCGUCGACAAGGAACAGGCCACUUGGCUCAAGAUGACACUGGCUCGCAUCUUAGGACGAAUUGUGCCCACGCUUCCCAUCGGCAACUUGGACUUGUCCCUGGUGUCCAAGAACCCCGAUAUCGUGGCCCAGAUGGCCGAGGACCCCCUGCGGUACCACGGCCGUGUGCGCGUCGGAUGGGCCGCGGCCAUGCUGAACGCGUUAGAGGACCUCCAGGCUAAGGUCGACUCGAUCGACACGCCUUUCUUCAUUCAGCACGGCUCCGCUGACAAGCUCUGCGACAUUGGAGGGUCCGAAGAUUUCUACAAGAAGGCGCUCACUAAGGACAAGAGCUUCAAGGUCUACAAGGACUGCUACCAUAGCCUACUCACUGAACCCGACGAAAUGGCGCAACAGGUUCUUCAGGAUAUCGCCAAUUGGUACACAGCCAGGAUACCAUCGUGAUCGGAAGGUCAACAGCUUCCGAUAUCUACGGCCGAUCAAAGAGAUAGCGAGGUGUGCGUGAAGAAGAUACUGUGAUGUCUAGACAAUUCCAAAUAGCAGUCGCUUUCUGAGGAACUAUUUUUCCUUGAACUCGUGGGAUCGUUGGCCUUGUGGGAAGAAUAGAAUACGUCCACUAUAUGCACAAACUGAGCAACAAAGGAAAAA